AUGAAAAAUAUACUCAAUAUUUUGCCUGACAAGGCCAAAAACAGACCUGAUAUUUUGUUUGAUAAGACUAAAAACAAAGAGGUGAAAAAAAAUGCUGACACAGAGUUGAAAAUCGUCAGUAUUGGCAAAGUUUAUCGGCGUGACGAGGACGAUGCCACUCAUACUCACCAGUUUACUCAAAUAGAUUGCUUUGCUGUCGGCAAAAAUUUUUCUUUCUCUCAUUUGAAGGGAACUUUAGAAUCAGUGGUCCAAAAAUUACUGGGUAAAGAACAAACCAUUCGUCUGCGUCCCUCUUAUUUUCCCUUCACCGAGCCGAGCGUAGAAAUAGAUGCCCAAAUUGCGGGAGCUGGAUUAAUUCAUCCGCAAGUCUUAAAAAAUGGCGGCUUUGAUUCCCAAAAAUUCACCGGAUUUGCCUUUGCUUUCGGUUUAGAACGAUUAUUAAUGAUAAAAUACGGUAUCGAGGAUAUUCGUCAUUUUUAUCUGAAUGACAUUCGCAGCAGAAACCAACAAUUUAUAGAGAUUUUUCCGAUUAGUAGCAAAAUCAAGGUCAAG